AUGGUCGCAGAUUCGCUCGUCUACCACCCCACGGUUGCGCACUACAUCCGCUUCGUCUCAUCGACCGCUGGUCGUGAUAAGGCGUUGAGGACGUUGCAGUACCUAGCGCGCUUCCUCUCUUUCUAUCUCCUUAGGAAGGGGUAUAAAAUGGAUGUCAUCGCUCCGUUCGAGGCGAUCAAAAAGCAGUUUGCCUCGACAAGAAAGGUGAUGCGUAUUGGAAAAAACAUCGAGCAUUUUAAAGCUGCAUCCCAGGCUAUGGACAAUAAAUCCCUAGACCCUGUCCUCCGCUACUGCGCUGUUGGCCGUCAGCUUGGAUACUUCACCUACCUCACAUUUGAUUCACUCUCGUUCCUCGAUAGCAGUGGAAUCUAUAAGUUUACCGCUGGCAAGAAGCUAGCCGCAGAAGCAUACCGGGCCUGGUUCGUGGGUCUAAUAUUCUCGCUUGUUGGUGGGGCAUACACCCUGUAUACGCUUCGUGAGAGGGAGAGAGGAAUCGUGAAAACGAUUGCAGAGGGAAAGGUGGAAGGAGAAAAAUUAGUCAAAGAAAGACAGGCGACGGUUACCCAAAUGAUAUCGGAUGUAUGCGACGUGACUAUCCCGGCCAGCGCAUUGGGAUAUGUUGCAUUGGAUGAUGGUAUUGUAGGAAUGGCAGGAACUGUCAGCUCUUUGAUCGGGCUCCAGGCCAUCUGGAAAAAGACGGCUUAA